AUGUUGCCCACCGUCUCGUCGUCGUCUAUGGGAGCCUCGCGCCGCCCAUCCAAGCAGCAUUCCGCUGGAAACACACACAGGAGCCGACCCUCUGUCACUCGUUCACACUCUAUAUUUGGGACGCUCAAAAACAUAGUUACCGCCCCAUUCACCUGGCUGGCGACGAAUAAUGAAGACUUUGCUGAGGAGAAGGAUGAUCAAGGGAAGAGAAGGCGUGUAGCUGGCUCGGAGAAGACGAACACCAUUGCUGUCGGCGAUGAGUCAAGAACCGCCAGCGAUUCCUUUGGCGAAACUGAUGAAGGCAUAACACGGGGGACGAAGAGGCUGAGGGUGUCCAGCCCCGCUGGUUAUGACCGAUACAAGGAGUCCCAGCGGGCGGGCUACAAUGAUCCGCCUCAAUCCGCUUUCGCUUCCAACGCCUAUGUCCCGCCCAAUCGCUCGGCCUCGGUUACGUUGCCUGCGACAACGAUACGGCCGACUGUCGACACCAGUGGGGGAUCUCGGUACUCGUCUACUCGGGCAUCCAGCCUCGCUCUCCAGCCGACAAUGCUGGUAGACUCUCCUACAUUCGGUCAGGCUCAGCCAAUUCAACGAGAUGUGUCUAUGUCUGGCAUUCCUUCGCCUCGCGAGCACUCGAUGGACCGCAAGACUUUCGGCAUUGCUAACGGGCCAACCCGUGCGGCACCUCCACUUGGCCGGGAAUUGUCUUUACCGCCUACUUCUUCUCGCCCGUCGUUUGUCUUGCGGUCUUCAUUGACUCCGCAGCCGUCUCAGUCGCAACUUUUGCCUCUCAUUACUCCCUCUUGUAUCAGACGGGACACUAGUGAGCCUCCGCCCAUAUCCUCUCUCAGACAGAAUCCUGUUUUCGUGCGCGGUCCGCCUAAAAACGAGGGUGUACAUCUUCCUUCAGAUUCUGUCACCCUUGGGGUUUUGGUUGAGAACCAUCGUAGUUCCCGAUCUCCAUCCCGAUCCCAUUCACUUUUGUUCCCUUCACAUGGCCAAGAUUUGCCUUCGCAAUACGCUUCAAAUCAGACUGCAUCGCAAGCUCAUUUGACUCCAGCACAGAAAGCUUUGCAUGCGUUGGAUGUCUACAAAACUCCUUUGAUACCGACACGAUUGAGGGCUGGUACGCCUACCCAAGGUCUUUUUGAUGUCAACGGUUUGAUCAGCGGCUCGACCUCGGGGUCAACUGGUCCUGACUUGUUCAGGCGGCGGAACCCUUUGAUUCUCAUGAACGACAGGGAGCGCGGAAGGAGCCGGAAGGGGGACAAGGAAUCAUCAAAGAGGGAUAAGAAACACAAGCGGACGCGAGAGGUUAAUGAGACGAAGCCAUACGCAGGAGCCGGCGGAAUGAAAAAGCUUCUCGCUCGGGCCCGUGCUGAAGAUGCAGAUAAGCUUCGUAGUGCAUCCAACGAAAUACCCAAGGGUGAAAGUAGGAUGUCGACGGACAAAGCCAAGCAAAAGGUUGAAGUAGACGAAGAAGUUCAAACUGAUGACAAUAAUGUACCUCCUUUACCAUCAAGUGACUGGUACUCGAUUGCUUCUCAACCCACGCAAGCAGGACCCAGUCUCGGUUCCUCUCUUCGCGUUGGGCGCAGCAAGAUCUCAAGGAAUCAUAUCGCCAGGCCUGCGGCUCCGAUAGGCAAAAGACCUAACAAGUUUUCGGCAGUGUAUGAGGACGAAGUUAUGGAUGGAGACGAUGACGCGAAGGACGCUGCUGCCUUCGAAUCUGACGACCGGCGGAAAGAACGAAUUGAGCUCGAAGAAGCUGCGAAGAGGGUACCUGUCUUCAACCCUCCGCCUAGCUUCUCGUUUGCCAAAGAAGGUCCCGCACCUGUUCAAGACAACGAGAAUGCUGAGGAACCUCCCAUCAGUUCUCUCCCGUUCAGUCUUUCCAAACCUACUAGUGAUGCAAGUGCUAGUCUGCCCACGGCCCCUCCUGUGUCCGUAUUCAAUGCUCAAAGCGAGACGCCACCUACUCCAGCGCCCUCCGCUUUCUCGUUCGCACCUGCUCCCAAGGCUACUACUACAGCACCUGCUACCACGACACAUGCGGUGGACCCGCAAGGCUUCUCGUUCAAAUCCCCAGAAGCAGCAGACGAAGCGAAGCCAGACCAGAGCAAAUCAGGCAUUCCGAACUUUUUCGCGACUUCAGCCAUUCUGUCAAAGCCUGCAACUCCUCCGGCCCCCACGAGCUUCUCCUUUGGAUCGCCUUCGGGUGAACCAUCUACUUCAAAGCUCGCACCUGCACCUGCAACGCCAACGCCCUCGUUCUCGCUUGCGCCAGGAUUCUCUUUCAGCAAGCCCGAAGGCAGUCAAGCAUCCUUUUCUUUCGGCAAACCUGAGAGUAGUCAAGCAGCGAUCCCUUCGACGCCUGCUCCAGCGUCGAACCCUGCUUCGAAUCCUUUCUUUGCUCUAGCUGCUCCAGCUCCUUCGGAAAGCAAAGAAACGGCGAGCGGCGGUACGAACUCUGCACCCACACCAGCGCCAGCACCGGCACCAGCACCAGCACCAGCACCAGCGGCUAGUAGUUUGUUCGGCUCGACGUCAGCAUCUUCAUCGUCAAAACCGUUCUCGUUCAGCAAACCCACGGAAAGCAAUGAGACCCCCAAAGCUCCGGCAUUCUCGUUUGGUCCAGCUCCAUCGCACGCAGACAAGAAAGACAGUGCCCCUACCCCAUCACUGUUCGGCAGAAGUACACCCUUCACCACGUCAAACACGACUACCGAAACCAGUGCAGCCACAAAGCCCCCCUUGACCUUCCCAGCGCCAGCGGAGGCCCCCAAGUCGCUGUUUGGUAACACAACCCCCAGCAGUACCAGCCUUUUCAGCUUUGGUCCGUCCGCCGAAAGUAAAAAUGCUCCGCCAACUGUAUCGACGGCGCCCCUGGCGUUCUCCUUUUCGUCUGCGCCUAGUACCCCGGUAGCGGAAGAGAAAAAGCCUGCUUUCAGCUUCAAUGCCACACCCUCCGUAGCGCCUGUCAGCGGGUUUUCCUUCAACUCUAGUGGUAGCGCGGCCAGUGAUGUGUCGAGCAAACCGUUUGCCUUCUCAUCAAUUGCCCGCCCUUCAACGCCACCCAAGCCCACGAAUGACGAACAGGAGAUGCGAAUGGAGGAAAGCCCCACCAGGGAAUCCAUGCAGCCUAGUAGAGAUCUUCCUAAACCCACUCUAAAUUUCUCCUUUGCUAGUGGCAACACCUCAGGCAGCACUCUGUUUGGUGGAAAUUCGACAGCAAGCUCCCCAUUCUCGUUCGGCCCCCCCUCGACCUCAAAUCCCUUUGGUGCAAAGCCAGAUAAUUUAGUGAAACCUGCCGAAGCAGCUAAAAGCCCGUUCAGCUUCGGGGCGUCGAACAACGUUAAUCCUCCCGCUGCACCAUUCUCCUUUGGUCCAUCUACCAGCAAUGACGGCUCUCGUCCCAAUACUGCAGGGCCUUUCUCGUUCAAUAACACCUCUGCGCCACCGUCCGCCACAGGACCCGCUCCGUUUUCUUUCGGCGCACCACCAAGCAGUACUCCGGCGGCCAACCCGUUCUCCGCUAAUGGGUCAGCACCCAGCAGUCCGUCUGUGUUUAGCCAGACCCCGGCGUUUUCGUUUGGUGCCAACCCCGGGUCGACAAACACUUCUGCUGCUACUUCACCUGCCCAACCCUUCUCGUUUGGAGGGAGCCAACCUGCCUCUCCUGCAGCUCCCGCUUCCUCAUUGCCUAUCGCGUCCGGCUUCGGCAGUGCACAAACCUCUACGCCGUUCGGGGUCAGUGCUCCCGGCGGGGGUGGACAACCAUUGUUCACCAUGGGUGCCCCGCCUGCCAAUAACACCCCAUCGGGAGCUCGACAAAUUAAGAAACUCCCUACCAGAAGGGGAGGAAAACGUUAA